AUCGAUUGUGUGCGUAGGGCGGCCGGCAUGGGCGAAGGCCGUCGUCGGACGCAGCGCGAUUUCCGUAACGGCUACUCGCGGGACUCGAAGCUGUCCGGAUAGACCGAACGAUGAGCACGAUCGAGAGAUGAUGCCGGGCACGUCUUGCCAGCUGGAAACGUCUAACGGUAAUUUUGAGUGGAGCACUUUAAUGGAGGUCCACCAUGAGCCGAUUGAAAAAAACUAUCAGUUGCUUGAAGAGAUUGGCAAGGGUCAAUUUGCUAUUGUACGAAAAUGCCAGGAGUUAAAAACUGGCGAGCUCUACGCCGCAAAAAUUAUGAGGAAGAGGCGAGUUGCCAGAGGUGUGGCCGCUGCUGACAUUGCACGAGAAGCAGGUCUUUUGGCUCGAUUAAGGCAUCCUAACAUUGUUUCCUUGUACAAGGUAAUAGAUACAGGGACAACGGUAGUGUUGCUCCUGGAAUUGAUUACAGGAGGCGAAUUAUUUCACUGGACUCCGUCAGGUGAAACGGAGGCUGCUCACGUGGUACGCCAAGUUUUAAUGGCACUUAGUCAUUUACAUUCCCAUCAAGUUGCUCAUCUGGAUAUUAAGCCUGAAAACAUUCUAUUGUCGACACCACCACCGAUGCCCAACAUUAAGCUAAUAGAUUUAGGUCUAUCGCAUCGACUGGUACCUGGUUCGGAACACAGAGCACUAUUUGGCACACCUGAAUUCGUGGCACCAGAAAUCGUAAAUUACGAGCCACUCAGCUUGGGAACCGAUCUCUGGGCUGUUGGUGUAUUGACGUAUAUUCUUCUGAGUGGAGCUUCACCAUUUUUAGGCGAAGACAAGCAAGAGACAUACGCAAACGUUGCUGCUUGCCAAUAUCAAUUUGACAAUGAAUAUUUCACUAAUGUGUCCGAGAUUGCCAAAGACUUUAUACGAUCCUUGUUGAUCAAGGAUCCAAAGGAGAGAGGAAAUGCUGAAUCGUGCCUUAAACAUCCCUGGAUUCUCACGGAAUCUGAAGCUCCUCAGGGUCUCAGCGGAGCAAUGAUCAGUGCUGUGAAGCGAGGCUGUGUUGAGGCUGUCUCUCAGUUAUUGUUGCAGGGUGCUCCAUUAAACAUGAAAGACUCUAAAGAAGACACUCUUCUGCAUAUCGCCUGUGAGGCCGGUGAUGAAGGAAUGACGAUUUUACUGAUAGAGAGCGGAAUUGAUCUAGACACACCGAACAAACAAGGUCUCACGGCGUUACAUGUUGCCGCUCGACAUGGGCAUAUUAAUCUGGUCAGACAUUUGUGCCUUGCUGGUUGUGAUGUCGAUAAAACGAAUCGGGGGAUCCGAGCGGAUGUCACGGCGAUUAAGUACGGACAUCCAGACAUCGCAAAUUUAUUAGAUAAGUUGAGAAAUCUGAAUCAGCGCGAAAAUUACAUUCGUCAGCUGCAACCGACACACAGACCGAUAGACCGGCUGCACAUAAGACUGCUUGGGCAUUGCGCCUCUGGAAAAUCAUCAUUAAUCAAUUCAUUGAAAUCUGGAAUCUUUAGUUUUGGUUUCUUUCGAAGAUCUAGAAGCCAGAAUUGUAGCGCGAAGAGAGAGCCAAGUAUCGAACUUGACGUGACGAGUAAACACGGUUCUCUCAGUUUUGAGUACAGCGACAGUGAGUAUGAAGGUACUCAGGGAGUAGAGUGGAGUCGCGGUAACGUAGGUGGUGAAUGCGUCUUUUGGGAAUUAUGCGGACGCGAAGAAUUUCUGGCGUCUUAUCACUACGUACUUACGUUUCAACAACCAGCAGUGCAUCUUAUUACAGUCAGUUUGAGAGAACCGCUAACCGUUCAACUUCAGCAGAUAAAAUUCUGGCUACAAUUUAUUUUGGAUCGUAUUAAUCCGAGUAACGUCGGAUUUGGGGGCAGAUGUAAUGAUGUAAAGGUAAUCUUAGUCGGCACUUACGCGCCAGAACCUUUAGCUCCGAAUUCUAACGGGGGCAAUCUACUCGCACCACUUCUGCCAUUUCUGAAAGACUUUACAUCGAUUUUGGGGGAGGAACCUCAAAUGGUAGCACUGGACGCAACUAAUCCUUCUAGUCCUGGCCUGAAACUCCUCAGAUCUUAUUUAAAUAAUGCAAGGAUGGAAUUUCUCGAGGAAGGACCGGAAGUUGCAGAAAGUAUUCUCCGACGUGACGCGCCGCGUGCUGCGGCUACGUACGUGCCCCUGGCGAAUCUUGAUAAACAGAGCGCCUUAGUGUGGACCGGUCUUGCCGAGGCAUGGAGAUCGUACGUGCAGUCAUUGGAAGUACCUCCGUUAAUGUUCACUCAGGAAGAAUUUCUGAACGAGAUUCGAAAGAUCAAUCCUUUAGUUUGUUUGGAACAUUGCAGACAUCUCGGAUUACAAUUACAGAACUUGGGGGAAUGCAUUCUUCUACCUGGAAACUUGAUAGUACUUAGUCCCGAGUGGUUUUGGCAAGACGUGUUAAAUUGGCAAUUAAGCCCCGAUCAGAGAGGACGAUUGGGUGGUCGAACCACCGGCGUUUACACCUUGGAAGAUUUUCAAGCGCGCUGUCCAUGUCCCGCCGCUCAAGCUUUACAAGCUUUACAAGCAGUCAAUUUAUGCGUUCCGUGCGAAGUAGAUGACGACGAAGUGGAGUACGAGAUACCAUGUUUAAAUCUCGUAGAGCGCCUUCCGGGUUUAUGGGAACCGUGGAAACCAUGUUCCAAUGCGUUACCUCAUGCCGGUUUACGUCUUUGCCCAGAGGAAGCACCUUUAUAUCAUUUAACUGCUAUAUUUACGCAUUUACAGGCGCAACUGAGAAAAAUUACUCAAACGUGGGAUCCGUCGAAUUCAGAUUUGUAUCAGUGGUGGCGAGGAUCGAAGCUGUGUUUAGGGCCUUGUGAGAGUAUAAUCACUUUCGAGGAAGAAGUACACAGCUGCGUAGAAAUUCAAGUUCGCGGUCCGCGUGGUUCUAGCGCGCAGUGUUUCGCUCUUCUCAGCGUCAUACUGGACGCAAUGGAUACGACUAUCGAAUUAGUCGCACCCGGAAUGUUACUGGAGAGGCAUUGGCUGAGUCCUAGUCAGCUUCGAGAAUAUGACGAGGGUGUUCACUCUUGGGCGCCAGCCACCGUCAUAUCAGCUUUAAUCGACAAAGGCCUUGAAGAGGCGACCCUUGAGAAUCCUUCAAACGACCGACAAGAAACUGUAUGGGAAAUAGUGAGCUGCGGACUGCCGUUAAUGGAGAAUUGUGUCCCUGGAUCGAAGCAGCCGGUAAAAUACAUAAAGCCUGCUGUGCAACGGCGAUUAGCACAAAUGCUGGAUCCACCUGAUCAUCACGGAAGAGAUUGGUGCUUGCUUGCUGUGAGACUCGGAUUGGGGGAUCGCGUCGCCCAACUCGAUAGCACAGUGGACAGUCCAACUUUAAGGUUACUGAACUGCGCGGGUGCAGAAUGUACUGUCGGUUCGCUGGUUCAACAGUUGCGAGCGCUCGAUCGCGAGGACGCCGUGCACCUGUUGCUCACUUAUACACCAACCUAUGUACUACUGAUGUCCGUCGAUUCUGAGACAGGGUCUAAUCUUUCCAGAUGACGAUGCUGCUCUCAUCAAUGGCGCAUCAGCACUUUUUAGAUGCUUCUUUCUUUCGAAACGCGCGUUUGAUGGAUAGCAUCGUCCUUCUAUAUUUCCGCCCAGUGUAAAUCGUACGUUAAUUUGUUAAGUACAUGUAUAUCCUUAUAUAUAACUUAACUUUAGCGACUGAUUGCAUUGAGUGAUAUAAAGGGAAGAGGAUCUGUAACGAUUUUGGACAUUAUUUUAUAUAUUUUUUUUUAUCUUUUUUAUUUUGUACUUACUAGCCGACGAGAUAUUAAUUAAUUAAUUCGUAUUUCCAUAUCGAUUUGUGGUACGAUUACCAUAAAUGGAAAUUGAUUUCUCUCUCUUUUCUUUUAAUUUGUAUCAAUUACUAUGUGUUUUAUCAAGAAAUAAAAAUAAGUAUUAAGUGGUACAAUUAAAUUUAUACCACUUAAUAUUUAUUUUUAUUUUUUGAUAAAAUUGCGCUGUGGUUAAGAUUAUAUUAAUAAGUGUUAUGCAGUUUGCAUUUCCUCGUUAUAUGCUGUUAUGCCAGAGAAAUGAUGCAUUUACAUAUUAUAAUGUGCGAUAUGAUCGUAUUUGAUAUCGAUAUUGUUUCGAGCGCUUUUCUUAAUAUGCCGAUAUGAUCUUGAUACAUACAUACAUACAUACAUACAUACAUACAUACAUACAUACAUACAUACAUACAUACAUACAUACAUACAUACAUACAUACAUACAUACAUACAUACA